UUUACUAUUUGAUUUGGUAACAUGUAGUAAAAAUUGCCAGAAUUAUUUUAUUAUGUAUACCUUCAACUCCCUUAUGUUAAAUACAAUUGUAGUCUUUAAAAUUUAACUUUUAACUCUAUGUCCUUACUUCUAUGUAGGCCUCGAAGUAGAGGAAAAACUACAGUGGAAGAUGAGGACAGCAUGGAUGGCCUGGAGACAACAGAAACAGAAAAUAUUGUGGAAACAGAAAUCAAAGAACAGUCUGCAGAAGAAGAUGCUGAAGCAGAAGUGGACAACAGCAAACGGCCGAUCCCAGUCCUUCAGCGUUCUGUGUCUGAGGAAUCUGCGAGCUCCCUGGUCUCUGUUGGUGUAGAAGCCAAAAUCAGUGAACAGCUCUGCGCUUUUUGUUACUGUGGUGAAAAAAGUUCCUUAGGACAAGGAGACUUAAAACAAUUUAGAGUAACGCCUGGGUUUAUGUUGCCGUGGAAAAGCCAGCCUUCUAGCAAGAAGGACAUUGAUGACAACAGCAAUGGAACCUGUGAGAAAAUACAAAACUCAGCACCACGAAAACAAAGAGGACAGAGAAAAGAACGGUCUCCUCUGCAGAAUACAGUAUCUUGUGUAAGUGUAAGCACGCAGACCACUUCAGAUGAUCAGGCUGGUAAAUUAUGGGAUGAACUCAGUCUGGUUGGCCUUCCAGAUGCUAUUGAUAUCCAAGCCUUAUUUGAUCCUACAGGCACUUGUUGGGCCCAUCACCGUUGUGUGGAGUGGUCACUGGGAGUGUUCCAGAUGGAGGAACCAUCAUUAGUGAACGUGGACAAAGCUGUUGUCUCAGGGAGCACAGAACGAUGUGCAUUUUGUAAGCACCUUGGAGCCACUAUUAAAUGCUGUGAAGAGAAAUGCACCCAGAUGUACCAUUAUCCUUGUGCUGCGGGAGCUGGUACCUUUCAGGACUUUCGGAACUUCUUCCUUCUGUGUCCAGAGCACAUCGACCAAGCUCCCGAAAGAUCAAAGGAAGAUGCAAACUGUGCAGUGUGCGACAGCCCGGGAGACCUCUUAGAUCAGUUCUUUUGUACUACUUGUGGUCAGCACUAUCAUGGAAUGUGCCUGGAUAUAGCGGUUACUCCAUUAAAACGUGCAGGUUGGCAAUGUCCUGAGUGCAAAGUGUGCCAGAACUGCAAACAAUCGGGAGAAGAUAGCAAGAUGCUAGUGUGUGAUACGUGUGACAAAGGGUAUCAUACUUUUUGUCUUCAACCAGUUAUGAAAUCAGUACCAACCAAUGGCUGGAAAUGCAAAAAUUGCAGAAUAUGUGUAGAGUGUGGCACACGAUCUAGUUCUCAGUGGCACCACAAUUGCUUGGUAUGUGACAGUUGUUAUCAACAACAGGAUAACUUAUGUCCUUUCUGUGGGAAGUGCAACCAUCCAGAAUUGCAGAAAGACAUGCUUCAUUGUAAUAUGUGCAAAAGAUGGGUUCACUUAGAAUGUGACAAACCAACAGAUCAUGAGCUGGAUUCUCAGUUCAAAGAAGAGUAUAUCUGCAUGUAUUGUAAACACGUAGCAGCUGAGAUGGACCCAUUACAGGCAGGUGAUGAAGUGGAGAUGGCUGAAGUCACUGCAGAUUAUAACAACGAGAUGGAAGUUGAAGGACCUGAGGACCAUAUGGUAUUUCCAGAGCAAGCAAUUAAUAAAGACGUCAAUGGUCAGGAGUCCACACCUGGAAUUGUUCCAGAUGCAGUUCACAUCCACACAGAGGAGCAGCAGAAGAGUAAUCCACCAGAAAGUCUUGAUACACAUGGUCUUCUCAUUUCUGAACCAGCCCAAGAUAAAAUGAAUCCUGAAAUGGAAAAUCAGAUUUCUCAUGAAGUUGAUAGUGAAAAGAUGGAAAUGUCUUCUAAAGUGAUGCAUAUUUGUGAAGAUCAAAAUGAAAACAAAAUGGAAGUGACAGAAAGCGUUGAAGUCCGUACACACCAGAUCAUUGUGCAGCACAAGGACCUGCAGUUAGAGGAACCCAAAAUGUCGGCGUCCACAGAAGAAUCACGGCCUCCAAAAUUCACCAUUGAAUCUGCGCCUGUUCCACCAGAAACCGUAGUGUCCCCGUGUAAGGAAAGUACUUCUUUAUGUUCUAAGGAACAGUUGGCUGUAGAAAGGGUACAAGAACAAAUGGAACAGAAAGCAAGUUCUGAAUCUUCCACUGCAUUUAUGGACUUUGAAAUGACCCCUACAAUGGAGAGCUGUGUGAAAGGUGGUUUGUGCCGAGAAGACAAAUCUGUAAAAUCACCCUCUGAGAUGGAGUUCUCAUUUGUGUCAGCAGCAGACGUAAGCAAGGCACAUGUGUCCUCCCCUCCACUUUCUGCAGACUUGCCUUCCCAGGACAUACUGCACACUUACCCUUCAACCCUCAGUGCUUCUGUUGGAAACACUAUGCCAACAACCUAUAUCUCAGUCACUCCAAAAAUCGGCAUGGGUAAACCAGCUAUUACCAAAAGAAAAUUUUCUCCUGGUAGACCUCGGUCCAAACAGGGGGCUUGGAGUACCCAUAAUACAGUGAGCCCACCUUCCUGGUCCCCAGACAUUUCAGAAGGUCGGGAAAUUUUUAAACCCCGGCAGCUUCCUGGCAGUGCCAUUUGGAGCAUCAAAGUGGGCCGUGGGUCGGGAUUUCCCGGGAAGCGGAGACCCCGUGGUGCAGGAUUGUCAGGACGAGGUGGCAGAGGCAGGUCAAAAUUGAAAAGUGGAAUUGGGGCAGUUGUGUUACCUGGGGUGUCUGCUGCAGAUAUUUCAUCGAAUAAGGAUGAAGAAGAAAACUCCAUGCACAACACAGUGGUGCUGUUUUCUAGUAGUGACAAGUUCACCUUGCACCAGGAUAUGUGUGUAGUUUGUGGCAGUUUUGGCCAAGGAGCAGAGGGAAGAUUACUUGCCUGUUCUCAGUGUGGUCAGUGUUACCAUCCAUAUUGUGUCAGUAUUAAGAUCACUAAAGUUGUUCUCAGCAAAGGUUGGAGGUGCCUGGAGUGCACCGUGUGUGAGGCCUGUGGGAAGGCGAGUGACCCCGGAAGACUCCUGCUCUGUGAUGACUGUGACAUAAGCUACCACACCUACUGCCUCGCGCCUCCUCUGCAGACCGUGCCCAAGGGGGGCUGGAAGUGCAAAUGGUGUGUUUGGUGCAGACACUGUGGAGCGACAUCUGCAGGUCUGCGAUGCGAAUGGCAGAACAAUUACACACAGUGUGCUCCCUGUGCAAGCUUGUCUUCCUGCCCAGUCUGCUAUCGGAACUAUCGAGAAGAAGACCUUAUUCUGCAGUGUAGACAGUGUGAUAGAUGGAUGCAUGCAGUUUGUCAAAACUUAAAUACUGAAGAGGAAGUGGAAAAUGUAGCAGACAUUGGUUUUGAUUGUAGCAUGUGCAGACCCUAUAUGCCUACAUCAAAUGUGCCUUCCUCAGACUGCUGUGAAUCUUCCCUUGUAGCACAGAUUGUCACAAAAGUGAAAGAGCUAGAUCCACCCAAGACGUACACCCAGGAUGGUGUGUGUUUGACUGAAUCAGGGAUGACUCAGUUACAGAGCCUCACAGUUACAGUUCCACGAAGAAAACGGUCAAAACCAAAGUUGAAGUUGAAGAUUAUAAAUCAGAAUAGCGUGGCUGUCCUUCAGACCCCUCCAGACAUCCAAUCAGAGCAUUCAAGGGAUGGAGAAAUGGAUGAUAGUCGAGAAGGAGAACUUCUGGAUUGUGAUGGGAAAUCGGAAUCUAGUCCUGAACGGGAAGCUGUGGAUGAUGAAACUAAGGGAGUAGAAGGAACAGAAGGUGUAAAAAAGAGAAAAAGGAAACCGUACAGACCAGGUAUUGGUGGAUUUAUGGUACGGCAAAGAAGUCGAACUGGUCAAGGAAAAACAAAAAGAUCUGUCAUCAGAAAAGAUUCCUCAGGCUCUAUUUCUGAGCAGUUACCUAACAGAGAUGAUGGCUGGAGUGAGCACUUACCAGAUACUCUAGUUGAUGAAUCUGUUUCUGUUACUGAAAACACUGAAAAAAUAAAGAAGAGAUACCGAAAACGGAAAAAUAAGCUUGAAGAAACUUUCCCUGCCUAUUUACAAGAAGCUUUCUUCGGAAAGGAUCUUCUAGAUACAAGUAGACAAAACAAGCUAAGUUUAGAUAAUCUAUCAGAAGAUACAGCUCAGCUUUCAUAUAAAACAAACAUGAACACAACUUUCUUGGAUCCUUCCUUAGAUCCACUACUUAGUUCAUCCUCAACUCCAGCAAAACCUGGAACUCACGGUACGACUGAUGACCCCUUAGCUGAUAUUUCUGAAGUCUUAAACACAGAUGAUGACAUUCUUGGAAUAAUUUCAGAUGACCUUGCAAAAUCAGUUGAUCAUUCAGAUAUUGGUCCUGUCGCUGAUGAUCCGUCCUCUUUGCCUCAGCCAAGUGUCAAUCCGAGUUCACGACCAUUAAGUGAAGAGCAGCUAGAUGGAAUCCUCAGUCCUGAGCUAGACAAAAUGGUCACAGAUGGAGCAAUUCUUGGAAAGUUAUAUAAAAUUCCAGAGCUUGGAGGGAAGGAUGUCGAAGACUUGUUUACUGCUGUGCUUAGUCCUGCGACCACUCAGCCGGCUGCGUUGCCACAGCCUCCCCCACCCCCAGUGCCUCAGCUGGUGCCCAUACACAGUCAGGAUGUUUUUUCCCGGAUACCACUCAUGAACGGCCUUAUCGGACCCAGUCCUCAUCUUCCACACAAUUCUUUGCCUCCUGGAAAUGGAUUGGGAGCUUUCUCUGCCAUACAAUCUCCUUACACUGACGCCAGGGAUAAAAAUCCAGCAUUUACUCCAAUGGCAAGUGAUCCUAACAGCUCUUGGACAUCAUCCACUCCCGCGGGGGAAGGAGAAAACGAUACAAUGUCAAACGCCCAGAGAAGUACACUGAAGUGGGAGAAAGAGGAGGCUCUGGGUGAAAUGGCCACAGUGGCCCCUGUUCUCUACACAAACAUUAAUUUCCCCAGCCUAAAGGAAGAAUUCCCUGACUGGACUACUAGAGUGAAGCAGAUUGCCAAGCUGUGGAGAAAAGCGAGCUCCCAGGAAAGAGCGCCUUAUGUGCAAAAAGCCAGAGAUAACAGAGCUGCUUUACGCAUUAAUAAAGUACAGAUGUCCAAUGACCCCCUGAAGAGACAGCAGCAGCAGGACAGCAUCGAUCCUGGUUCUCGAAUUGACUCGGACCUUUUUAAAGAUCCGUUAAAGCAAAGAGAAUCAGAACAUGAACAGGAAUGGAAAUUUAGACAGCAAAUGCGUCAGAAAAGUAAGCAGCAGGCCAAAAUUGAAGCCACGCAGAAACUUGAGCAGGUCAAGAAUGAGCAACAGCAGCAGCAGCAGUUCGGGGCCCAGCCUCUCCUGGCCCAGCCCGGCUCGGACACACCCAGCAGUGGGAUGCAGAGCCCCCUGACUCCUCAGCCGGGCAAUGGGAAUGUGUCUCCUGCGCAGUCCUUCCAUAAAGACCUGUUUGCGAAGCAGCUACCCAGCACCCCCACCUCUGCGUCGUCAGAUGAUGUGUUCCUAAAACCACAGGCUCCCCCUCCUGCGGCAACGCCAUCCCGCGUGCCCGUCCAGGAGGGCCUGCCGCAGUCUCAGGCUUGUCAGCCAGCCUCCCCGCAGGUGUUCUCACCAGGAUCUUCUCACUCCCGACCUCCAUCUCCAGUGGAUCCUUACGCGAAAAUGGUUGGUACCCCAAGGCCACCUCCUGGGGGCCAUAGUUUUUCCAGAAGAAAUCCUGCUGCACUGGGGGACAGCUGUCCCCCGCCGCCUUCAGUAGCGAGGCCGGCUCAGAUGAGUGAAACAACAGCAAAUAGGCCAUCCCCAGUCAGAGAUUUAUGUUCCUCCUCCACAACAAAUAGUGACCCCUAUGCAAAGCCUCCAGACACACCUAGACCUGUGAUGACAGAUCAGUUUCCUAAACCCUUGGGCCUCCCCCGGUCUCCUGUAGUUUCCGAACAAACUGCAAAAGGUCCUCUAGCAGCUGGAACCAAUGAUCACUUUACUAAACCAUCUCCUAGGACAGAUGUGUUUCAAAGACAACGGAUACCUGACCCAUACACACGACCCUUGUUGACACCUGCCCCUCUCGAUGGUGGUCCUGGACCUUUUAAGACUCCAAUGCAGCCCCCUCCAUCUUCCCAGGAUCCCUAUGGAUCAGUGUCACAACCACCAAGGCGAUUGUCUGUUGAUCCUUAUGAAAGGCCUGCUUUGACACCAAGACCUGUAGAUAACUUUUCUCAUAACCAGUCAAGUGACCCAUAUAGCCAGCCUCCCCAAACCCCACAUCCGGCAAUGAAUGAAUCUUUUGCCCAUCCUUCAAGGGCUUUUUCCCAGCCUGGAACAAUAUCAAGGCCAACAUCUCAGGACCCAUAUUCCCAACCCCCAGGAACUCCACGACCUAUUGUAGAUUCUUAUUCCCAGCCCUCAGGAACAUCUCGCUCCAAUCCAGACCCUUACUCUCAACCUCCUGGAACUCCCCGGCCCACCACGAUUGAUCCUUAUAGUCAGCAGCCACCAACCCCAAGGCCGUCUACACAGGCAGACUUGUUUGUUACCUCUGCCACUAAUCAGAGGCAUUCAGAUCCAUAUGCCCAUCCCCCUGGAACACCAAGACCUGGAAUUUCUGUUCCUUACUCUCAGCCACCAGCAACACCAAGGCCAAGGAUUUCGGAGGGUUUUACUAGGUCCUCAAUGACAAGACCAGUCCUCAUGCCAAAUCAGGAUCCUUUCCUGCAAGCAGCACAAAAUCGAGGAGCAGCUUUAUCUGGCCCAUUGAUAAGGACACCUGAUGCAUGUUCCCAGACGCCUAGGCCACCUGGACCUGGUAUCUCAGACACGUUUAACCGAGUCUCUCCAUCUGCUUCUCGUGAUCCCUAUGAUCAGCCUCCAAUGACUCCGAGAUCUCAGUCUGACUCUUUUGGAACAAGUCAGGUUGCUCAUGAUAUUGUUGAUCAGUCAAGGCCUGGAUCAGAAGGGAGCUUCAGUGCACCUUCAAACUCUCCAAUGAGUUCUCAGAGCCAGCAGUUUUCCGGUGUCUCCCAUCUUCCUGGACCUGUACCAACUUCAGGAGUCACUGAUACACAGAAUACUGUAAAUAUGUCACAAGCAGAUACAGAGAAAUUGAGACAGCGGCAGAAGUUACGGGAAAUCAUUCUCCAGCAGCAGCAGCAGAAGAAGAUGGCAGGUCGACAGGAGAAAGGGUCGCAGGAUCCAGCGGCAGUGCCUCAUGGGGCCCCCCUGCAACACUGGCAGCCCGAGGGCAUCGGCCAGGCCUUUAGCAGGCCUCCACCCCCCUAUCCCGGGAACAUCAGAUCGCCUGUUGUCCCUCCUCUAGGACCUAGAUACACAGUUUUCCCGAAAGAUCCACGUGGACCUUACCCUCCUGACGUUACUGGUAUGGGGAUGAGACCUCACGGAUUUAGAUUUGGAUUUCCAGGAGGUAGUCAUGGUACCCUGUCAAGUCAGGAACGCUUCCUUGUACCUCCUCAACAAAUACAAGGAUCUGGGGUUCCUCCACAACUGAGAAGAUCAAUAUCUGUAGAUAUGCCGAGGCCUUUAAAUAACUCACAAAUGAAUAAUCCAGUUGGCCUUCCUCAGCAUUUUCCACCACAGAGUCUGACGGUUCAGCAGCAUAACAUACUGGGCCAAGCAUUUAUUGAAUUGAGGCAUCGGGCCCCUGAUGGAAGGCCACGGCUGCCCUUCACUGCUUCUCCUGGCAGCGUUAUAGAGGCACCUUCUCAUCCAAGACAUGGAAACUUCAUUCCCCGGCCCGACUUUCCAGGCCCUAGACACACAGAGCCUUUGAGACGACCUUCUCAAGGUCUACCAACUCAGCUACCUUUGCAUCCAAGUUUGGAACAAGUGCCACCAUCUCAGCAAGACCAAGGUCAUCCUGCUCAUUCAUCUGCUAUGGUCAUGAGGUCUCUAACCCAUCCCUUAGGUGGUGAAUUUUCAGAGGCCUCUUUGUCAACAUCUACACCAGCUGAAACAACAUCUGAUAAUUUACAGAUAACCACCCAAUCUUCUGAUGGUCUCGAAGAAAAACUUGAUUCUGAUGACCCAUCUGUAAAGGAACUAGACGUUAAAGAUCUUGAGGGGGUUGAAGUCAAAGACUUGGAUGAUGAAGAUCUUGAAAAUUUAAAUCUAGAUACAGAGGAUGGCAAGGGAGAUGAAUUGGAUACUUUAGGUAAUUUGGAAACUAAUGAUCCCAACCUGGAUGACCUCUUAAAGUCGGGAGAAUUUGAUCUCAUUGCAUAUACAGAUCCAGAACUUGACCUAGGAGAUAAGAAAAGCAUGUUUAAUGAGGAACUAGACCUUAGUGUUCCGAUUGAUGAUAAGAUAGAUAAUCAGUGUGUAUCUAUUGAACCAAAAAAAAAGGAGCAAGAGGACAAAACUGUGGUUCCUCCUGAUAAACAUUCUCCGUGGAAAAAAUCCGCGGGUACCAGUGAGAUAAAAAUAGAAGUACCAUCUCCAAAUUCUAAAGGGGAAACCAAAUGCGGAAGGGAGAAAAGUGAUGAGAGUAAGGAUAAUGUUGACACUCCCUGCUCACAGGCUUCUGCUCACACAGACAUAAAUGAUGGAGAGAAGGCUUCCUUGCAGUCCUGUGGUACAGAUCUACUUGAGAAAAGAACUAAUCGAGAAACUGCUGGCUCCAACACCAGUGGUGUUCGUGGCUCUGCUCCGCUGCCCACUGAGGAUGUAAUAAACUCUUGUGGCAUAACUGGAGCAACUCCAGUUCUCUCGAGUUUACUUGCUCAUGAAAAAUCCGAUAAUGCAGACAUUAGGCCAUUGGGAUCUCCACCACCAGCGUUGCCAGCCUCACCAUCCAAUCACGUGUCGAGUUUGCCACCUCCUUUGAUGACAUCGCCUGGUCACGUUUUGGAUAAUACCGUGAAUUCUAAUGUGGCAGUAGUCUCUAGAGUAAACCAUACUUUUCCUCAGGGUGUGCAGGUAAAUCCAGGAUUCAUUCAGGGGCAGUCAGCAGUUAAUCACGGUUUUGGGACAGGAAAACCUACAAAUCAAACUGUGCCUCUAACAAACCAGGCUGGUACCAGUGGCAUGUCUGGACCCCAGCAGCUAAUGAUCCCUCAAACAUUAGCCCAGCAGAAUAGAGAGAGGCCCCUCCUUCUAGAGGAACAGCCUCUACUUCUACAGGAUCUUCUGGAUCAAGAGAGACAAGAACAGCAACAGCAGAGACAGAUGCAAGCCAUGAUUCGUCAGCGAUCAGAGCCAUUCUUCCCUAAUAUCGAUUUUGAUGCAAUUACAGAUCCUAUAAUGAAAGCCAAAAUGGUGGCCCUUAAAGGCAUAAAUAAAGUAAUGGCACAAAACAAUAUGGGCAUGCCACCCAUGGUUAUGAACAGGUUCCCCUUUAUGGGCCAGUCGGUGACCGGAGCUCAGGCUGGUGAAGGGCAGAGUCUGCUCCCACAGGCCGUCGUGCAGGAUGGCAGUAUAACACAUCAGAUUUCUAGGCCUAAUCCUCCAAAUUUUGGUCCAGGCUUUGUCAAUGAUUCACAGCGUAAGCAGUAUGAAGAAUGGCUUCAGGAGACCCAACAGCUUCUUCAGAUGCAGCAGAAGUAUCUUGAAGAACAAAUUGGUGCACACAGAAAAUCUAAGAAAGCCCUUUCAGCAAAACAACGUACUGCCAAGAAAGCUGGGCGUGAAUUUCCAGAAGAGGAUGCAGAACAACUCAAGCAUGUUACCGAACAGCAAAGCAUGGUUCAGAAACAGCUAGAACAGAUCCGUAAACAGCAGAAAGAGCAUGCCGAGUUGAUUGAAGAUUAUCGGAUCAAGCAGCAGCAGUGCGCAAUGGCCCCGCCUUCCGUGAUGCCAGGUGUCCAGCCCCAGCCGCCCCUGGUUCCAGGUGCCACAGCACCUGCCAUGAGCCAGCCCAGCUUCCCCAUGGUGCCACAGCAGCUGCAGCACCAGCAACACACAGCGGUCAUUCCGGGGCAUUCCAGCCCUGCUAGAAUGCCUAGUUUACCUGGGUGGCAGCCUUCCAGUGCUCCUGCCCACCUCCCCCUCAAUCCUGCUAGGAUUCAGCCUCCCGUUGCCCAGUUACCAAUAAGAACUUGCACACCAGCACCAGGGACGGUGUCCAGUGCAAAUCCACAGAGUGGACCACCACCACGGGUGGAAUUUGAUGACAAUAACCCCUUCAGUGAAAGUUUCCAGGAACGGGAACGAAAGGAACGUUUACGAGAACAGCAGGAAAGACAACGAAUCCAGCUCAUGCAAGAGGUAGACAGACAGAGAGCUCUGCAGCAGGGGGUGGGGAUGCAGCCGCAUGGCUCGCUGCGCUCCCAGAUUCCAUUCUACAGUUCUGAGCUGCCUUGUGACUUCCCCCAGCCUCCCAGGCCCCUUCAGCAGUCUCCACAGCACCAACAGCAAAUGGGGCAGGGCUCACAGCCGCAGAGUAUGCAACAGGGGUCUAUUAAUUCCCCUCCCGCCCAGACUUUCAUGCAAACCAGUGAGCGAAGGCAGAUAGGACCUCCCUCCUUCAUUCCUGAUUCACCAUCGAUUCCGGGUGGAAGCCCAAAUUUCCAUUCUGUCAAGCAGGUACAUGGAGGUCUUUCUGGGGCCAGCUUCCAGCAGUCCCCAGUGAGGCCUCCUUUUACACCUGCUUUACCUGCAGCACCUGCAGUCGCUAACAGCAGUCUCCCUUGUGGCCAAGACCCUGCAGCAACCCAUGGACAAAGUUAUCCAGGAUCAGCCCAGUCUCUCAUCCAGUUGUAUUCCGACAUAAUCCCAGAAGAAAAAGGGAAAAAGAAAAGAACAAGAAAGAAGAAGAAAGAUGAGGAUGUGGAAUCCACCAGGGCGCCAUCCACCCCCCACUCAGAUAUAACUGCUCCACCGACCCCGAGUAUCUCAGAAACUACCUCCACACCUACAGUGAACACGCCUGGCGAGCUUCCUCCGCAAGUCGAACCCGAGUCAGCGGAGCCUGUCUGCCCGUCAGCUCCCAACACGGCAGCCGGCCAGCUAUGUACAGAAUUGGAAAACAAGCUGCCCCACAGUGAUUUAUCACAGGGAACUCCAAAUCCACAGACUUAUGCAAACCCAGAGGCGGAUAAGCUGUCCAUGGAGACCCCCGCCCCAGCUGAGGAGGUCAAACUAGAGGCGGCUGAGCCGCAGCAGUGCCCGGGCCAAGAUGGGCCUGAGCCGGAGGAACAGACAGGCAGUAAGGCUGAAGAAAGAGUGGUGGCUGGUCCUGUCUCCUCAGGGCAGAGUCCUCCCCAGUCUGCUGGGGCCCCGGCUCCCAAGGGAGAUGCGGGCAAUGAACUUCUGAAGCAUCUGCUGAAAAAUAAGAAAUCAUCUUCCCUUUUAAGUCAAAAACCUGAAGGCAGCUUUUCUUCAGAAGACGACUGUACAAAGGAUAACAAACUAGUUGAGAGGCAGAACCCAGUCGAAGGAUUGCAAACUUUGGGGGCUCAAAUGCAAGGUGGUUUUGGAUGUGGCAACAACCAAUUGCCAAAAACAGAUGGAGGAAGUGAAACCAAGAAACCUCGAAGCAAACGGACUCAGAGGACAGGGGAGAAGGCUGCACCUCGCUCCAAGAAAAGGAAGAAGGAUGAAGAGGAGAAACAGGCUAUGUACUCCACCACCGACACCUUUACCCACCUAAAGCAGCAGAAUAAUUUAAGUAAUCCUCCAACACCCCCUGCCUCUCUUCCUCCUACACCACCUCCUAUGGCUUGUCAGAAGAUGGCAAAUGGUUUUGCGACAACUGAAGAACUUGCUGGAAGAGCUGGCGUAUUAAUGAGCCAUGAAGUUACCAAAAGUCUAGGACCCAAACCGUUUCAGCUGCCAUUUCGACCCCAGGAUGACUUGUUAGCCAGAGCUAUUGCUCAAGGCCCAAAGACCGUUGAUGUUCCAGCUUCCCUGCCAACACCACCUCAUAAUAAUCAGGAAGAAUUAAGGAUACAGGAUCACGGUGGUGAUCGGGACAGUCCUGACAGUUUUGUCCCCUCAUCUUCUCCGGAGAGUGUGGUUGGGAUGGAAGUGAGCAGAUACCCAGAUUUGUCCUUGGUCAAAGAGGAGCCUCCAGAGCCUGUGCCAUCCCCCAUCAUUCCAAUUCUUCCUAGCAGUGCUGGGAAAGGUUUGGAAUCUAGAAGGAAUGACAUCAAAACUGAGCCAGGCACUUUAUUUUUCACACCGCCUUUUGGUUCGUCCCCAAAUGGUCCCAGAUCGGGUCUUAUAUCUGUGGCAAUUACUCUGCAUCCUACAGCUGCUGAGAACAUUAGCAGUGUGGUGGCUGCAUUUUCCGACCUUCUUCACGUCCGAAUUCCUAACAGCUAUGAGGUUAGUAAUGCUCCGGAUGUUCCGUCCGUGGGUUUGGUCAGUAGCCGCAGAGUGAACCCAGGCUUGGAGUGUCGACAGCAUGUAUUUCUCCGCGGGCCGCCGCCAGGACCUGCAAACCCUCCCCGACUAGCCUGCUCGUACCGGCUGAAGCAACCCGAUGUGCCGUUCCCUCCAGCAAGCAAUGGUCUCUCUGGAUGUCGGGACUCUGGGCGUGGUGGCGCAGAAGGCGUGGCACUCAGACCACAGUGGUGCUGUCACUGCAGGGUGGUUAUUCUCGGGAGCGGCGUCAGGAAGUCUCUCCGAGACCUGGCCUCUAUGAACAAGGAUUCCCGAGAAAGCUCCAAUAGAGUGGAGAAGGACAUUGUCUUUUGUAGUAAUAAUUGCUUCGUUCUUUAUGCAUCAACUACACAAGCAAAAAAUGCAGAAAGCAAGGAAUCUGCCCUGCCAUUGCCACAGUCGCCUGUGAAAGAGACGCCUUCCAAAGCGUUUCAUCAGUACAGUAACAACAUCUCCACUCUGGACGUGCACUGUCUCCCGCAGCUCCAGGAAGAAGCUUCUUCCCCGGCAUCACCCCCCAUCACUUUCCCUCCGGCGUUUGAAGCAGCCAAAGUAGAGGCAAAGCCAGACGAGCUCAAGGUAACGGUCAAGUUAAAGCCUCGGCUCAGGACUGUCCACGGCGGGUUUGAAGACUGUAGGCCAAUCAAUAAAAAGUGGAGAGGGAUGAAGUGGAAGAAGUGGAGCAUUCACAUUGUAAUCCCCAAGGGGAGCUUCAAACCCCCUUGUGAGGACGAAAUAGAUGAGUUUCUGAAGAAAUUGGGCACGUCCCUUAAACCUGACCCUGUGCCCAAAGACUACCGGAAGUGUUGCUUUUGUCACGAGGAGGGAGAUGGGUUGACAGACGGGCCAGCAAGACUGCUCAACCUUGACUUAGACCUGUGGGUCCACUUGAAUUGUGCACUGUGGUCCACGGAGGUCUAUGAGACCCAGGCUGGGGCCCUCAUAAACGUGGAGCUGGCGCUGAGGCGGGGCCUGCAGAUGAAAUGUGUCUUCUGCCAUAAGAUGGGCGCCACCAGCGGAUGUCACCGAUUUCGGUGCACCAACAUUUAUCACUUUACUUGCGCCAUUAAAGCACAAUGCAUGUUUUUUAAGGAUAAAACUAUGCUUUGUCCCAUGCACAAACCAAAGGGAAUUCAUGAGCAGGAGUUAAGUUACUUCGCAGUCUUCAGACGGGUCUACGUUCAACGUGAUGAGGUGCGACAGAUCGCUAGCAUCGUGCAGCGCGGGGAACGUGACCACACCUUCCGUGUCGGAAGCCUCAUCUUCCACACGAUCGGUCAGCUGCUGCCGCAGCAGAUGCAGGCAUUCCACUCGGCUCAAGCCCUCUUCCCUGUGGGCUACGAGGCCAGCCGCUUGUAUUGGAGCACCCGCUACGCCAACAGGCGCUGCCGCUAUCUCUGCUCCAUCGAGGAGAAGGACGGGCGCCCGGUGUUUGUCGUCCGAAUUGUGGAGCAGGGCCACGAAGAUCUUGUCCUGAGUGAUUCCUCUCCCAAAGGUGUUUGGGAUAAAAUAUUGGAGCCCGUGGCAUGUGUGAGAAAACAGUCUGAAAUGCUCCAGCUUUUUCCAGCGUAUCUAAAGGGAGAAGAUCUGUUUGGGCUCACGGUAUCUGCAGUGGCACGGAUCGCGGAGUCACUCCCUGGGGUUGAGGCGUGUGAGAACUACACCUUUCGGUAUGGCCGCAAUCCUCUCAUGGAACUCCCUCUUGCCGUUAACCCCACAGGCUGUGCCCGUUCCGAACCUAAAAUGAGUGCCCAUGUCAAGAGGUUUGUGUUAAGGCCUCACACCUUGAACAGCACCAGCACUUCCAAGUCCUUCCAGAGCACGGUCACGGGGGAGCUGAACGCGCCGUACAGUAAGCAGUUCGUCCACUCCAAGUCCUCGCAGUACCGGAAGAUGAAGACCGAGUGGAAAUCCAACGUCUAUCUGGCCCGGUCUCGUAUCCAGGGGCUGGGCCUAUAUGCUGCUAGGGACAUCGAGAAGCACACCAUGGUCAUCGAGUACAUCGGCACGAUCAUUCGAAAUGAAGUUGCAAACAGAAAAGAGAAACUGUAUGAGUCUCAGAACCGUGGUGUGUACAUGUUCCGCAUGGAUAAUGACCACGUGAUCGAUGCGACACUCACAGGAGGGCCUGCCAGAUAUAUCAACCAUUCGUGUGCGCCUAAUUGUGUGGCUGAAGUGGUGACUUUUGAGAGAGGACACAAAAUCAUCAUCAGCUCCAACCGGAGAAUCCAGAAAGGAGAAGAGCUUUGCUAUGACUAUAAGUUUGACUUUGAAGAUGACCAGCACAAGAUUCCGUGUCACUGCGGGGCCGUGAACUGCCGGAAGUGGAUGAACUGAAUGCAUUCCUUGCGGUCUCGGCGGGCGGCUUGUCCCUAGGAAGAAGCGAUUCAACACACCAUUUGAAUUUUGCAGACAGAAAGAGAUUUUUGUUUUCUGUUUUAUGACUUUCUGAAAACUCGCCUCUGGGAGUUCUGAUUCCCUCCUCAGUCCUUUGGGCCGGAGUGGCGCCAGGACCACAGAGCAGUCCAGCACUUUUGUUUUCUUCUUCUUUCUUUCCUCCUUCUUUCUGUGGGUGGGUUUUGUUUUGUUUUGUGUUUUUGCCUCUCGCUGAGGAGACCCUUGGGGGCGAAGAGCCGCUCGCCGCCCUGCCCCGGGGUGGGG